CAUUUCAGAUCACGGUGGAGCUGGAGAGCGCGUCCCCACAAGAGGAGCCGAGUCAAGCUGGAUGAACACGACAAAAAGGACAUUGUUCAAACCAAGCAAGUAAACAAAUGAAAUGAGUGAAAGCACGUCAUUCGUCCAACUCCUCGUGGGCUUCUUUUUCCUCGCCACAGGUGUCCAUGCUACAUGUCCCCUUAAGUUGAGCCCGUCCAUCGUCGUGUUGCGAGAGGGAGACCCAGCCUCAUCCGUCUGCACAGCAACGGGGGUCCAUGAAGGGAUGGGCUGGGAGUCUUCAGAGGGAGGCAUAGGUCUUCAAAAAAACACAACACAUGUAACUUGGGCUGUGAAGAGUCUAAAGGGAGUUACUUGGGAGUUAACACCACCCGUUUGCUUCAUCAACCUAUACAAUAGAAAGCAAUGCACCAAGGAGUUAAAAGUUGUUUUCUACACAUUUCCAGAAAAUAUCAGCAUCCACUCCAACAGUUCCGAGCUGAUGAUAGAAAAUGAAGAAUAUACCUUCACAUGUGAUAUUCACAGAGUAGCACCGGUCCAAAAUGUCACCGUGAAGUGGUACAAAGGAGACACAGUCAUCCAUAUAGAUACUUUAAACAGUGGUAAUGGCAGCAAUGACAGAAAGCCGGUGAGUCAGUCAACGGACCUUAAGUUUUCACCAACUAAAACAGACAAUGGGACCAGAUUAAGAUGUGAGGUACACAUGGACCUGACGCCAGAGGGGCCAAAACUUAAUAUAUCUUCAGAGGACUAUUUUAUUAAAGUUAUCCCUGGGAUAUCGUUGACGUGUCCGAGCACUUACACUGCACGAGAAGAUGUGCUUCACAACCUGACCUGCACUGUUGACAGCAAUCGUGAAUAUGAAGUAAUCUGGUACAAAGACGGGGAGGAGGUGAAGCUUCCAGAGCGCCUAACAAGAAGUGAUGCAGGACAAUACUUGAUUGUAGCUUCAAAUCUGCAUGGUGGUUCAAAUGUCAGCCUCACGCUGGAUAUUAGUGUCGAAUAUCCACCAACACGUAUAGCUGAGCUUGAAGACUCUGAGGUCAAUGCUGGUAAGGAUCUGUGGCUCAAAUGCUCUUCCAGGAGCGACCCGCGGCCAACAUAUUCGUGGAAUUAUUCCUACCCCGACAACGUGGCCGUGUCAAACGAAGACGGAGUGACCUAUCUGCAGAUCCACAAUGCCACUGCAUACAAUGCUGGGAGCUACACAUGUUACGCCCAAAAUGACAUGGGAGGUGUCGGAAGAACAGUCAGAGUCACUGUAAAAGGUAAAAUAAAGCCAGACACAGCUGUGGCACAAUACCAAGGCGGGAGCUGGGAAGCGACAUGGAAGUCCAAUCACACAAAUGUUAAAGAAAUAGCCCGGCAGCAUCAGAACGGCAGCAGAAUAGUGGACUGGACCCUGAAGAACACUUGCGUUCCAAUUGUGGGUUCAGACCGCACUCCCUACAAAACACCAGACAGCGUCUCCAUCCGGAGCCUGAAUAACUCAAUCUCAGGGAAGGAAGGAGUAGAGAUACAGCUGCGAUGUGACAUCAUCAACGUCGCUCCGGUGCAAAAUCUGACUGUGCACUGGCACAAAGGGAAUGAAACCAUUGCAGAGAUGGAGGUUGUCUGUGGAGAGACCAGAUCCCCGGCGAAUGUGUCAUCCACCAUUCGGUUCAUUGCGAACAGGUCGCACAACGGAGCAGAGAUGGUGUGUGAGGCUAGGUUGAACCAGCCACUGGGGAGUCUCUCAUGGAACGACUCUGUCAACAUCACUGUCCCAUAUAAACCCGUGAUUAACAAAACAAAACUUCAAGAUAAAAUGCCCCUGUUCAGAGGUUACUCCACGGAGCUCGUCUGUGAAGCCGACGGCACCCCGCCGCUGAACAUCACGUGGAGCUCGGACAGAGGGUCUCUCGAUUCUGAAGGCACGCUCACCGUGCUGGAAGCAGGCACCUACAUCUGUACCGCUAGCAACUCCGUUGGCUCCGCGUCCCUUGAAGUUCGCGUGAUUUUAACAGAGGACUACCUUCCCCUCAUCGCUGGAUUCGUGGCAGUCAUGGUGGUGGCAAUCUCCAUCAUAUUCCUCUGCAUCUACUCCAUCUACUACAAGAACACCAAGAUGCGCCGCUACAGCUUGAAAAACCCCAACUUCAGCACUCAAAAUGGUAACGUGGCUCAUAACGGCUGGGAGAUACAGUUCUCCAUGAACAAACUGCCUUCACCUUUGCUUUCGAUACUUUGGAGCAGUCCACAGGUUACAGGAAACGCGCACCUUACGAGGUCUCCGCAGUAUCAACGACCCUCUGUUGGAACCAGCUGCCGGACACGUUUAUAUAGUUUGUUAAAGUCUCACACAGCUGGCGGUGACCCGAUGUGGUUCUUCAUAGUGUGCGGCUUAAUCGCCUACACAGGAACGCCUGUGAGUGCAUCCUGUCAACUUGAGUUGAAUCCUCCCAAAGUAUUGGUGCGUUUCGGAGACUCCUUCUCAGCCAAUUGCACCUCCUUAUCUAAAGAGGGAGACGGAAUGGGCUGGGAGUCAACACAUGGAGGAGUAGAUCUUCAACAAGGGGCCACCCAUGUUACCCUUAAGAUUGGGAAGGUGGAUGUUUGGAGCCUAGAGCCACUUUGUUAUAUCAAUUAUCCCAACGGUAGUCAGUGUAUGGAAACCCUACCAGUCACUGUCUACAAAAAGCCAGAGAGCGUGUCCUUGGCUCAGCCUCCAGUCAUGAUCGAGGGAGAGCAGUAUCGCAUGCAGUGUGUCGUUGUUGAUGUCGCACCAGCAAAGAGCCUCAUAGUGAACUGGUACAAAGGAGACAAGAUAAUUCAUAAAGACACAUUUGAUGAGAACAAUCCCUCUUUGGUCACCAAGUCAUCUGACUUCAACCUAGUUGCGCAUCGAGAUGAUAACGGGGCUCAGAUCCGGUGCGAAGCAAAGCUAGACUUGUGGCAAGAACCAAAUCCUUCUGUGAUGCAGUCCCAGUCUCAUCGAAUGACUGUACUCUACCCGCCAGCCUUCGCCAUGCCUGCGAAUGAGACACUCGAACUUCAGGGUCGCAAGAACAUUAGUUUAAAUUGCACAGCCACAGGAAACCCACCGCCGGUGUACAAAUGGCAGUUCCCACACGGCAUAGAAGAGGCUCAAAAUGGGAAUCAAGCCAUCAUGGUCCCGUCCUUUCCGGUUCCGGGGACCUACUCCUGCGCAACCCAUAAUGAACAUGGCAGUAGCGUCAAAUACUUCAUCGUCGUCGAAGGUCCAAGGAAUCUAACAACCUUCGCUGCCAUACUCGGAGGAUUUCUAGUCGUGGCAGUCCUGCUCCUCAUCUUAGGUAUAUAUACCGUGACUCCUGAUGGCACGUUUUCCUUCAACAAAGGCAACUAUAUCCGAGGACAGCCUACCUCAUCUGGACCCCCGGAGUGUAAAAAAGUGGUGCUGCUCAGUCACACACCUCAAAAGCCGACCGGUUACCAAGUGUCAGGUGAAAGUUGCUCCCUAAUCCUCAAGCCCUCCAGGGUGGUGGUGGGCUUCGGGGACCCCGUGUCGGUCAGCUGUGAAGCUGCUCGCCCGGUACGAGUACUGGGCUGGGAGUCGGCCAUCAGCGCCACACACACACAAGAGGACCGGUCUGUCCAGUGGAAGGUGGACAGUCUCAUUGACUGGAUCGAGGAGCCCAUUUGCUAUGGGGUGUUCUUCACAGCUCCGAGACAGUGUGAGGAGAAACUCAACCUUGUACUCUACAAAACUCCAGAUAGCGUCUCCAUCAGACAGGUGAACCACACUGGCCCCAUGGUGGAAGGAAAAGAGUACCAGCUGCUCUGCGAGGUUCAGAACAUUGCUCCUGUUCAGUAUCUCACCCUGAAGUGGUACAGAGGGCAGACAGAGGUUUAUAAACACUCCUUCUCUGAGCUCACGUCUUCCUCCCCUGUCCAAGUGUCCUCCAUCCUUGUCAUUACGCCAACCAAAGCUGAGAACGGAGCACAGUAUAGGUGUGUCGCAGAGCUGGAGCUUGGACCAGAGGGACCACAACCGUCACCUUCUGUGGCUUCUGAGCCUCUUAAUGCAUUUGUAUAUUCUCCCCCAACAUUCCUCAGUCCCGAUCCAGAGAUUUUGGAUUUCACGGCGGGAGAUGAAAUCACCUUAAACUGCACUGCCACAGGAAACCCAACACCUGUAUACAGCUGGCAAUCCUCCCAGCCAAUACCGGAGAAGAUAGAGGAUGGAGCGGUUGUCAUCUCUUCCUCACUGCUCCCAGGGACCUACACCUGCACCGCCUCAAAUACACUGGAGAAGAAGAGCAAGCAGUUCACCGUCAAGGCAAAGACCGAAGGUGACUUAAAGGUGUUUGAGGCUAAGCAGCCUUGAGUCGGGAUCAGAGGACCACAACGGUACACACAGGAAAUCCCACUAUAGGAUUGCUGCUGCUUUGGAGAUGGAAAUGCAUGGAAAUGCAGUCAUGACUCAAUGGAUAUUUAUGAGGAACUCCUUAUCAUCCACGAUUAGGUCUUGUAGAGGAAAAAGUAAAUAAAUAGAUAAUUUGUUAAUUUGUCAGUGUUGGUUUAGGAUAUAGCUCACUUGUCAUGCUCUCCAUUUGACAUUCUGUACCUAAUUUAUAUAUAUUUUUAACUAGGGUUACUUUCCUAUUAAUGAAAUGAUCUUGUAAUAUUGUGUAGCUACUCUUGAAAUAGCAUUUGUGACUAGAAGCAGGCCAUCGCUGUAAAUACGAACCAUGUCUUAGUUUUCUUAUCUUUAUCAAUAAAAGUUCGAUUAAAACUGUU